AUGGAUAAAGCUUAUUCUUGGACUAUGUUUUUUAGAAUGGUAGAUCCUCAGGGUUACCUCGGUCUCAAGUUUUCAAAGCCAAGGACCCCUUAUAGGCCUAAAGACGACUUUGACCUCUUUUACACCUCAGUUUCUGCUUCCACUGAUUCUAGUAUGGUAGCCCUAGAAAUGGAGAUUUUCUCCAAUUCUCAACUAAUUCUCCUCACCCUUCUCAUGUUUCUAGGCGGGGAAGUUUUCACUUCCAUGCUCGACCUUCUAUUUGCUAGGUAUAAACUCACCCAGAUUAAUAUCCAAAACAAAUUAGUUAGCAUCAAUCCUUCGUCACCCUCAAACGAGUCUCCAAUUCAUGUCAAUCAAAUUGAGCUUGGUUUAGUUUCUAUUCCUCACUCAGAAUCACAAGAUCACACAUCCUGUGACAAUGUUGAUAAACUUAAGUAUAAGUCUCUCAGUUAUUUGUCUUAUGUUGUGUUGGGUUAUCUGCUGAUGGUUCAAUUUGUUGGCUUUAGUUCGGUGUGUUUGUAUAUGACUUUGGUAGCGAGUGCAAGAGAUGUACUGAAAAAUAAAGGCAUUAAAAUUGUAACAUUUUCUUUGUUUACCAUAGUUUCCACAUUUGCAAGUUGCGGUUUUAUCCCCACCAACGAGAACAUGAUUGUUUUCCAGAAAAAUUCGGGGCUUCUGCUCCUCAUCCUCCCACAUGUGUUUCUAGGCAACACCCUGUAUCCACCAUGUUUGAGGCUUGUGCUAAUGGUUUUGAAAAAAGUGACCAGAAAAGAGGAAUUCUCAUACUUGCUGAAGAAUUCCAAAAACAUUGGCUUUGAGCAUUUGUUAUCUGUUGUUCGUUGUUGCUUCCUGGUUGGUACUGUGUUGGGUUUGAAUGUUAUACAGUUUGUGAUGUUUUGCUCCAUGGAAUGGAAGUCCAACAUCAUGGAGGGUUUGAAUGUGUAUGAGAAAGUGGUGGCGUCAUUAUUUCAAGUUACAAACGCCAGACACUCUGGUGAAUCUGUCUUUGAUCUCUCCUCCAUCUCUUCAGCCAUAUUAGUACUGUUCAUUGUGAUGAUUCAUUUUACUGAUUCCCAUCUUUGUGGUUGUGGCUUCUGGUACCUUUCACCAUACACUACAUAUUUACCUGUAAGAGAGGAAGAAAAAGAAGUGAAGAGAAACAAAAGAAGCACAGUGGAGUGUGUUUUGUUCUCUCAACUCUCUUACUUGGCCAUUUUCAUUAUUCUGAUCUGCAUCACAGAGAACAAAAGCCUGAAGGAGGACCCCCUCAACUUCAACGUUGCUUAUGGGAACGUAGGGUUCUCAACGGGAUACAGCUGCGGAAGGCAACUCAGAAUCGAUGGUACGUGCAAAGAUUCAUGGGUUGGAUUUUCUGGAAGAUGGAGUAACAAAGGCAAGUUCAUCCUCAUCUUGGUCAUGUUCUUUGGGAGGCUCAAGAAGUUCAACAUGAAGGGUGGCAAAGCAUGGGAACUCACAUGGCUUUGA